AUGUAUGCUGAAACUGGUCUUAUCUUCCCAUAUUUGCACAGCCUCUCUCAAGAGCUUCACCAGCUUGAGGAGUACUGCAAAACCCAGAAGUACAAUGCUUUUUCAAUGGAUGAUCUUCUUCAGUCUUCUGCCAUGUCAGAGUAUGAUUUGGCAGCAGAGGGAGAUCUGUUCAAAGCUCCUGAACCUAUUCUUGAAGAACCUAUCAUGGACCUGGAUCCCAUGAGAGCCGCCAUCUCAAUGAUAUCUUGUGGGGAAGAUGUUUCCUCCCAGGGACUAAAAUCCACCGAUAUUGAUAUUCUUCAAAAUGAUCAAUUUCUGAGUGAGGUAUUCUAUGAAUGCAAAAAGGAUCUCUUAGAAAAGGCAGCAAUAGAUUCACCACUCUCUGAGAUUCUGGAAAUCAAGGUUCCUCUUCUGGACAUUGAUGAAAAUGCAAUUCAAGAAAACAAGCCACUUCCUGACAUGCAAUUAGGAAAGAGUAUCAGCUCAGGAAGUUUAAGCUCAAUGGACUGGAUUCGUGGAGCUGCACUGAAGCCUGCUUUCAUUGAUAUCCCUGCAAUCGAUUUCAAUGCAGUUUAUGGCAUGCGGAGAUCACUUAGUGAAGGAGAUAUAAAGACUCUUGGUAACGGAAACAUGAACAUUGUCCAAUCACCCCUUGAGAGGCCCUUCCUUAUCAGCAACUGCACCAGUGAAGAACGCUUCCAAAAGCUCUCCAGAUACAGAAAUAAGAGGACAAAGAGGAACUUUGGGAGGAAAAUCAAGUAUGCUUGCAGGAAGGCUCUUGCUGACAGUCAACCAAGAAUCCGUGGAAGAUUUGCAAGAACUGAAGAAUGUGAGAGCAAGAGGGAAUGA